UAGAUGAAGUUUGUUUAAGUAUUUGGAUCUUUGGAUACGAGAAGACACCAUGUGAUAGGCAUUUGGUUUGGUUAAUUUAUGUUUUAAGCUUUUGUAGUUAUCAAAAUAUAAUAUUUUUUACUGUAUUUUGUAUUUUAUUGUGUCAUUAAUAUAUGGGGUAUACAAUACCGCGUUUAAUUAUUAGGAAUAUUGGUCUCUUACGACAUAAGUGAAAAAAUGCAGAUGAAAUUAAAUACGCAACGCGAAUCAACAAAUAUUGAAGUAAUUGAUGUAGACGAUUUAGUUUUAACGAGAAAAGGCGGAGGAAGUAUAAUUGAUCAACGGCCAGUUUUUUCACACGAUGGAGAAACAUUAUACAUAGUAUGGAAGCAUAUUAUAAGAGCUUACAGUACACAAACUGGAGAUUUUGUUAAAGAAUUAGAACCAGCAAAUUACAGAAUUGCAGGAUUAAUAAUACAUCCAGAAAAUCCUAAUCUGAUCAUUGCCUGUACAGAAAAUGGAGAAUUAAAUUUUUGGAGUUGUCAAAGCGGCAUUAUCACAAAGAAAUUGAAAUUAAAAUUUCAAAUAGAGCCAAAAAUAAAAACGUUUCACAUUGUAAAUUAUAAAACUCAUAAUGGAAAUGAGUUGCGUCAAGUGCUUGUAACAUAUAUUUCCAAAUGCAAUACAAAAAUUUAUAUAGUGUUAUUUGAUCUAGAUAAUGGAGUUUGUGCAAAGUCUACGUGUAUAUCGACAAAAUCUUAUGAAUACUAUGUUGAUAUAAUUGGUAAUCAUGGUGAAAAUUUAAUAGCACUCCUUCAUGAUGUAGAUUUGCAUAUAUUGAAUCCAUCAAGAAAUUUUGUUGAUAAAUUACAUAAGACAGGUAAAACAGGUAGAAUACCAACAUGCAUUGCUGGACAUCCAGAAGAAGAAUGUGUUGCCACAGGAGAUACAACUGGUCGUGUCGUAGUAUGGAAGGGUUUGUUUCAAACAAGACCUUAUACAGCAGUUUAUCAUUGGCAUACGUUACCUGUUACAGAAAUAGCAUUCAGUAAAUCAGGUGGUCACAUGUAUACAGGAGGAGGAGAAUGUGUUCUAGUGAAAUGGGUUUUAGCAAAUUCACAUCAAAAAUCCUUCCUUCCUCGAUUACCUGCACCUAUUAAACACCUUACUAUUGCUCCUGAUAAUUUAUAUGUGGCUGUAUCUACUUUAGAUAAUGGUAUCGUGGUUGUAAAUCCACAAAGAAAAUUGACAUCAGUUAUACAAAAUUUUACAUGGGGCGUGACCUUAUCUUCUAAAGAUUUAUUUCCUGCUGGCCUUAUCGUUGAUCCACGUACGAAUUGUUUAGUUUUAAAUAGUCGUACCGGACAUGUUCAAUUUUAUAAUACCCAUACGAAAAGUUUAUUAUAUAAUAUAAAUAUUACGGCACAAAAUUUUUUAACGCAAGAGCGUAAUGUACUUAUUAUAAACACGGAAGUUACAAAGAUAGCAAUAAAUCAUGAUGGUAUGUGGAUGGCGACUGUUGAAGAACGAAACGAUAAAAUGUCAUGUAUAGAAGUGAGGCUGAAAUUUUGGAUGUAUAACGUUAAACAACAACAGUACGCAUUAAACACGUCAAUCGAGCUUCCUCACGAUGGCGGUGUGAAUGCUUUGCACUUCCAACCGUGCAUGUUAUUCGGUGACGAGGGAGCACUGGCAGUUACAACAGGCAGAGAUAGAAAAUUCAAAUUAUGGCAUCUCGUAGAACCUUCAUCCUUACACAAAAAAAAUAAAUACUGGCAGUGCCAUAGUGUAGGAGAUUACAGAAAUCUGCCUGCAACGGAUGCUGGUUUUUCAAUUGAUGGUUCAUUAGUUGGUAUUGGUUUCGAUUCUAGUCUAACAAUAUGGACUCCCGAUACUUGUACGUUUAAAUGUAGCCUUACACACUGUCAAUAUCAGUAUCCAGUGACGCGAAUUGAAUUUGGAAAGCAAGAUGCUUGUCAUCUUGUGGUAGCAGUUUCCACGCAGCAUAUUGCGGUGUGGAACAUCCUAUCGCUUACGUUAAUAUGGAGCGUACCUCUAAAAAUUGCAACUCUUACGGCAGAUCCGAAAUCAACGUACAUGGCUGUUUUCACCACCGAUAAUUCACUGUUUGUAUUCACACCCCACAAAUCGACACCCGUCUACACAAGAAAAGAUUUUAUCGAAAAUAAUAGUUUCAUUUUGGGAGCCACCUUUGUACCACAUUUACAAGUGAAACGAGAUUCAUCGUACAGAUUGUGGCAACGAAGAUCGCAGCUUUUCUUUUUAGAUUCUAAUCAAGAAUUAUUAACGUUAGAACCAGAAUCUGAAGUGACUAUUUCUCUUGAAAUUUUAUCUACGAAUGCAACAGUUCCUGCUACCGCGUUUAGCCAUCUAAUAGCGAGCACAACUACCACAGACAAGGAAGUACCCGCUCUAUUUAUGCACGAACAACUGAAAACAGGAAAAGGAAUGGUAAAAGAGCUUCUCAGCGUCUCAGCCCACACAUUACCGCCCAUGAAGAUGCUUUGUGCAUCAUUCAUCACAUCUCUGCUCUCGCCAUCUGUGUCAAAAACUCAAUCACCUGACGAUAGAAUCGAGAGGGAUGAAACAAUCCAGAAUGACGAAGAGUCAGAGGAAAGCGAAGAAGAACUAUCACGACCGGAAAAUCGUGAAUCUCCACCUGUAACUGAAAUCGAUAAUGUCGAUGAGACAAAAGUACAACUUGUCGAUCACGAUUGGUCUUUCCUUAGAACUAUACUUCCAGAUCGAGAGGAGAUUGAACAACAAUUGAUAGAUGACAAUCUUGAACCAACUUUACCAUCUGAAAAUAUUUAUGAUGUAGUGUGAAGAUUUUUAUUUCUACGAUA